AUGACGAUGCUGUACUUCUUCAUGGAGAACCCCCUCAUGGCCUACUACACCAACCUCUUGGCGUUGCCCGAGCAUCGCUACUUUCGUCUGUUCGGCACGCUUGUUGGAAUUCUGGGACCUCUGCACGGGCUUCAAUUGGUUCUGCAUCUGCUUUGGUCGAUCAAAGCUCGAUCCCCCGCUGUAUUCCCUCGCGCCGCCAUGGUCGACAGAGUGAUCAAGUCCUUUAGCGGGCUAAAGAAGGCAAAGACGCAACCGAUCGAGUCGCGGUCUUCUCGCUCGCGUACGUCACUCAGCUCGAUCACUUCGUUCACUGCUGCAGGGUUGAAGGAGGUGCUGAGUGUCGAGGGAAGCCACUUCGAGUUGGUGUUCGUGGUGCGCAAAGCAGUAGAGGCCAGCGCCCAGAUCGUGCAAUGCAGCCAUUUUAGCGCCUUGAUCGGCAGGGUGUGGAUAAACCAAGUAUAUACCGCUAUGGCGGUAGCCAACUGCUGGGUGACUCCGUUGCUGGACUACAUCAUGCUAACGUCUAAAAAACGUGAAGUGAUUCAGGCAUCCGAUAGCCAUAUUAUCCGCGAAUAUGUGCCCAUGUCGAUUCGAGGCCGGAUCUUGAGUGUUGUGGUGGAUACGUUGUUGACGAUGAUGGCGUGUCUGAUCUUGCCUCUCACCAUCUUUGUGCCCUACGCUCGAGUGUUUGACUACGGCUGGUACGGUUUCCCCAUGGAAAUGCUCUACGGCGACGUGGCCUUCCCGAACCUCAUCCGAGAGAACCAGGCGUUGUUCGCGCUCAAUUUCGUCGACGGAGUGACGAAGAUUAUCCCACAUUUGAGUAUUCUGCUAGCGAUGGCGAGUAUCAGCCUCCUGCUCGAGUUGUACCCGCCGAAGCGAAUGAAGAGCAAAGCUAGAGCAAGCGUCUCGGUUGCGACUUCUGCUGCAGUUCGUGGGAAAUCAACUAUUAAAUCGUUAAGCACCAUUUUAAGACGUGGGAAACCUUCCUGGAGGGUUGCUGGCAUGACAUUUUUCCGUCGAGUGGUGACUCCUAUGGCGUUUGUGGCUGCGGGGGCUCUCGCUCUGGGUCUGCAUCUCCACGCUGCCUACCUGGCUAGCACGGCGGAUGCUGAUACCAUGAAAAUGUGCCUACAAGGACUGCGACCGUGGUUUUCGGUUAACGUGAGCUGCUCUGUACUGGAAUACAACUGCUACAACCACAACGUGCCUUACCCGGUGAACGACAUCCUCGAGCGCUUGCAGAGCGACGCAGUGACUGCCAUUGUCUUCGAACACUGCCCAGAGUUUCGCAUGCCCGCUUCCAUCCGUCGCUUCUCCAACAUGCUUGGACUUGAGCUGUGGAACGUAUCGAUAGUCGAAUGGGGCGCGGACACAGCGCUGAAUGCCGAUCUGCAUCCGGACAUGAUCUACUUGAUCAUGGUGUACACGAACAUGACCGCAAUGCCGCAAGGUUUGCUGACAGCUCCACUGCCCCCACUGCUCGCAGACAUUGAGAUUUCCAUCACGAAUCUUACGCUGAUCCCCGAUGAACUGGCAGACGCGUGGUCCAACGUGAGGCUUGUGUAUCUGGAACACGCUCCUCUCAAGGAGUUCCCAACCGCAUUGUUCGAGAUCCCGUCGCUGUCGGUAUCGUUGUUAGACGACGGACUGGAGACGGUUCCCGAGGACCUUUUCACUACGAUCUCGUUGCUGGACGAGUACUUGGAGGUGUGCUUUUCCUACAACCCGAUUAAAUCUCUCCCUUCGUCGAUCAGAGAGGGGAUGCUCAUCAGUUACCUGUCGAUCGAUCACACGAACUUGACAGAGCUGCCAGCCUGGACAGACUCGGUCGGCCAAUGGAUCGAACUGGGUGGUUCGCCAAUUUGCAACAACACGGAAGUGCAGCUAUCAGCUAUAACGAACAGUUUCGACUAUGGGUUGGGCCCGUUCAUUGCUGGCAAGUACCCAAUUUGGCUCGUUGAGCAGUAUCGACUCAUCUAG